UCAUGCUAAAGCUACAAAAAUAACAGUGAAAAUUGUCUGAAAAUCAGCAUUUCUAAAUUGACCUCAACAAUUUCUGAUUUCUUAGCAUUUGUUUUCAUCAUUUCCCAUUCAUUUUAAUGGCUUUCAAAUUAGUCCAAGGGAUACUUAAAUCUAGGGUUCAAAUUUCAUCUGUAAAUAAACUGCUAUCCCAUGAGGCGCUUGUUUACAAACCUUUAAUUCGGCAAAAUUCAAACUUUUGUCCUGACGAUGCGCCUGUAAGUGAGAUGGAAAAUCCAUUUAAAAAGAAAGUCACUCAGUGUAUACUGUGUAAAUACAAAAUUGAGUUAAACUACAAGAAUCCUCGUCUUCUAAGUCAAUUUAUCUCACCCCUAACUGGAUCAAUUUAUGACAAACAUAUAACUGGUUUAUGCGAAGGCCAACAGAACAAGCUGAUUGACAUGCUUAAAAAAUCUCGAUAUAAUGGUUUCAUGGGAUACAUCUUUAAGGAUCCAAGAUUCAAAAAUGACCCUAAACUUUUCGACCCCACACGACCUUUGAGACCAAACCCCCACUAAUAAUAUUUAACAAUUUGCCUGUCUGUCAGUAGAAAAUAGAUAUAAAAAUAGAAAUGAAAUUGAACCGUAAUUUCAAUAGAAGAUCCAACAAUGUUUGUCCAAAAGAAGUUUGUUUCAACAUUUUGAUAAUUUAUGAAUUAUAAGAUCUUUAAGUUUUA